GCGUAACUCGUAACACAGUCACAGGGCCACAACAAACGAACUAUCUGCUGCUUUUUCCUCUGUCCCACCUCAUACUCAUAGAUUCGGUACCCCUUGAUCAUAAAAUGACAAUUUUCAGUGUUUAUAUUAUUAACAAAGCCGGGAGCUUGAUUUAUGACUAUGACUCACCAAGUGUCAAUCGCCCGGCUGUAGAGAAAACUUUUAGUUAUCCUCUUGAAUUGGUACUGAAAGUGUUUGACGAGAAAGUCGUAGUUUCAUUCGGUGAACGAGAUGGAAUAAAAGUUGGCCAUGCUAUUCUUGGUAUCAAUGGCGUUGCAGCCAAAGGAAGAAUCCUUGAGGAUGGCAGGGACAUCAUGGAAACUUUGGCCACAGAGGCGAAUUAUCCCAUCAACAUCAAAUUUGGAAAACCUCACCUAACUACAAAUGAAAAGAUUAUGUUAGCCAGUAUGCUCCAUUCCCUGUUUGCCUUCGGGUCUCAACUGUCCCCUGAGCCGAACUCAUCGGGCAUUCAUACACUGGAGACAGACACUUUCAAGCUGCAUUGCCACCAGACCAUGACAGGAGUGAAAUUUGUUCUGCUCACAGACCCAAAGCAGGCUCAUGUUGAUGCCAUUCUAAAAAAGUUGUACGAAGUCUACUCUGACUAUGCUCUUAAGAACCCUUUCUACUCACUGGAUAUGCCUGUCAGAGCUGAGUUAUUCGAUGCCAAUCUCCAACAAGUGAUAGAGCAAGCAGACAAGCUUGGCAUCAGCAACAUUUGAAGAUUUUCUCUGGAGUUACUGGAGACUGUCCUUCCUCACCUUAAAAUAAGCGAAAGCAGAACCCGGCCGGGGUUUUGGAUGUUUUUGUCAAGAGAGGGCUCUGUGCUUAACAAAAUCAUGUGCAAAUUGUACUGCUUGACACGGUAUCGACUUCUGUGUACUUGUAGUAUUGUCGCUGUACAGAAAACACUUCCCUAUGUUCCUUUGUUAAGUAUUCCAAUUCCAGUGAAAAUAGGAGAGAAAAUUGACGCAUGAAUGAAACUGCCUGAAGAAGUAGGCCCCUACACGGAAAUGAAGAAGUUUCAUACAAUGUAGGGAGACUUACUUUUGGAUUUACAGUUUGAAUGGGAAUAUAAUGUGUCAGAGUGAAUGCAUUUGACUUGUUCAAUAUGUGUGAGAGUGAGUAGAUUUGACUUAUUCAAUAUGUGUGAGAGUGAAUGCAUUUGACUUAUUCAGUAUGUGUGAGAAUGAAUACAUUUGACUUUUUCAAUAUAUACGUGUGAGAGUGAAUACAUUUGACUUUUUCAAUAUGUGUGAGAGUGAGUAGAUUUGACUUAUUCAAUAUGUGUGAGAGUGAAUACAUUUGACUUGUUCAAUAUGUGUGAGAGUGAAUACAUUUGACUUGUUCAAUAUGUGUGAGAGUGAAUACAUUUGACUUAUUCAGUAUGUGUGAGAAUGAAUACAUUUGACUUUUUCAAUAUGUGUGAGAGUGAAUACAUUUGACUUAUUCUUUUCUACAAAACAAAAUUUGGUGAGUUGAAGGACUACUAAUUUGGUCGCACAUGCAUGCACGCAUGCAUGUAUCUCUUUACUUGUCAGUAAUUUGAAAUUUGCAACAAAAAUGCUCUAUAUAGUUGGCUUUGAAAUAGGACAAGAAUGCCUUACAUUCACAAAGGAAGCCAAGGUGUGGGUGCUGGGUACUGUUAAUGCAAGAACAAACUUUUGAGAUGUGAAUGAAUGUUGUGUACCGGUACUCGAGUAGCAUGGUACAAAUAGCCUGUCAGUUUUGGUCCUAAUUUUGUUUCUGUUUUCUAUCGCCUCACCUUUUUUAUCCUCUUUUAUUUUUGUUUUGUGAUGACACUUCAGAGAUAAGCAGAUUUUAAAAACUUAAAAGAAUUUCACUUUGGUGUCCUCAGUUUUGUUGAAGUUUUUUUCCUGCGUUUAAAUGCACUAAUUGAAACUCACACAUAGUGAACAGAUUUUCUGGUCCUGAAUUUGUUUUAAACAUUGUAUUCUUUAUAUUUAAAACUCAUACAUAACGAAAUCUGUACAUUAAAGUAAAAUAUUUCCACUUC